GUGAGGAUUUCCGGUUCGGUUUUUUUGUGAUUUUUCGGUAAAUUUCUGUUAUUUCAUGGGCGAUCUUCGGGAUUGGUCGCCUGAACCAAACGGCGCCGUGUUGGAGGAGAGGGAGAGGGCUUCUUCGUCAUCGUCGUUGUCGUCAUCACCUCCUUCCCAAUUUUCAUCGAAUCAACAGGCGGCGGCGGCUGCUUCUGCUUCUGCGCCGACGGCUGUUAGCGCUGAGUACUGGCUGAGGGCGGAGGAGGCGACGCAGGGGGUCAUAGCGCAGGUGCAGCCCACUGACGUGUCUGAGAGGAGGAGGAAGGCGGUCAUCGAAUACGUUCAGAGGCUCAUCAAAAGUUGUCUUGAUUGCGAGGUGUUCCCAUUUGGGUCUGUACCUCUAAAGACCUAUCUGCCUGAUGGAGAUAUUGAUUUGACUGCUUUUGGUGGUAUGAAUGUGGAGGAGGCGCUGGCCAAUGCUGUCUGCGCUGUCCUUGAAAGGGAAGAUCAAAAUGUGGCUGCUGAGUUUAUGGUGAAAGAUGUCCAGUUGAUUCGGGCAGAGGUCAAGCUUGUAAAGUGCCUUGUGCAAAAUAUUGUGGUUGAUAUUUCCUUCAAUCAGUUAGGAGGGCUAUGCACACUAUGCUUCCUUGAGCAGGUUGAUCGCCUCAUUAGCAAAGACCAUCUUUUUAAACGCAGUAUCAUACUAAUUAAAGCCUGGUGCUAUUAUGAGAGCCGGAUUCUUGGUGCCCAUCAUGGUUUGAUUUCGACAUAUGCUUUGGAGACUUUGGUUCUGUAUAUUUUCCACCUCUUCCAUUCAUCUUUGAAUGGUCCUCUAGCAGUCCUAUAUAAAUUCUUGGACUACUUUAGUAAAUUUGAUUGGGACAGCUAUUGUAUCAGCUUGAGUGGUCCUGUUCGUUUAUCUUCUCUUCCAGAUCUCUUGGUCGAGACCCCGGAAAAUGGUGGCGGUGAUCUAUUGCUGAGUAAUGAUUUUCUCAAGGGAUGUGUGGAAAGCUUCUCAGUUCCUUCAAGAGGAUAUGAGACAAACCAUAGAACAUUUCAACCAAAGCAUCUUAACAUAGUUGAUCCGCUUAAAGACAAUAACAACCUUGGCCGAAGUGUGAGUAAAGGUAACUUUUACCGAAUAAGAAGUGCUUUCACAUAUGGUGCUCGUAAACUGGGGCGCAUUCUUUCUCAGCCAGAAGUAAACAUAGAUGAUGAGAUCCGAAAGUUUUUUGCAAACACAUUGGACAGACAUGGAGGCGGACAAAGGCCUGAUGUCCAAGAUCCUGCCCCAUGGUCCAUAUAUGAGGGGUAUGGUAAUGUGCCGUUAUCGGUAGGUACAGAGUCACAAGAAGAUCAGACACUUUAUGAAUUGGAGUCUGCCUAUUCUAGUGGCAUGAUUGGGGAAUGUGGGUUAAAUCAUGAGAGAUCAGGGAAUGGUGAAGUCACAAGUGCUCAUAUACCUGGUCAAGGUCUGACUAGACCGCAUGAAACUGAUAUGAAACCUGAUCAAGAUGUUAAUGGACCACAUGAAAGCAGUACAAGGGUAGCAUCCCCAACAAUGUUAUUGGAAGAGGACAGUUCCCCAAAUGGAAUUGCUCUUUCCGAAAGGCGUCUUACAGGGGAUGCAAAAGACCUUGCUACCUCCAGAUUUCAGGGUCUUACAAUUUCAAAUGAUGCUCAAUAUCCUUUGCCGUCCAGUUGUGAACUGAGUAUAUCUCCUUUAGGUAAAGUACAGCAUGCACCUCAUCUCUGGUCCUCUCACUCAUCAACUGAGGAUGGGGACAUUGGCAAUGGAAAUCAAGAUCAGCAAUUGCCAGAAAACUUUGGUUCAGCUGAUAAUUUUGUUGGAAACCAGGAUGAGAAUCAGUUAGGUUGUAAUCAGGAAGCUCCAUCUCCUGUUGGAUCUAAGCUCCAUCCGUCACGGUUGAGUUCUGUUGUGUGUUCCUCCGAUUACUUCUAUCCUAGUUAUUAUCCAAUGUCAAGUGGUACCGCUGGAAGUCCCAAACCUUAUAACUGUUUAACAGAUCUGAGUGGGGAUUACGGUAGUCAUUUAAAUAGUCUAAACUAUGGGCGUCGGCGUUAUGACUGUGAGCUAAAUGUGGCAAUUCCUCCCAUGAUGCCACCUCCGGUGCACCCACAGUUUCAGGGCAAGAAGCCAUGGGAUGCAGUUCGAGAGUCAGUGCAGCUCAGGCAGAAUGCAUUUUCCCAUAUGAAUGUCAAUGGUGUUGUCCCUAGGCCACCAUUCUAUCCGAUGAACCCACCAAUGUUGCCAAAUGGCAUAACCUUUGGCAUGGAGGAGUUGCCAAAGCCACGAGGAACCGGAACGUACUUUCCCAAUACGAAUCAUUUCAAAGAUAGGCCUGUGACGCCAAGGGGAAGAAAUCAAGCACCGCUGAGGUCUCAUCGUAACAAUGGCCAUGCCAUGAUACCAUCUUCAGAGAAUUAUACGUCGGACAGAAGCAGUCGUGAUCUGUCACAACUACAAAUGUCUCUUCAUAAAGGUGGGGGAAAAGCUGGGUCUUCAGAUAGCCCCGCUGGUUCCCCUAGAAGGAAAGUACACCCUAAUGCGAAUGGUUCAAUUCAUUCCUCUGAGAAAGUUGUAGAAUUUGGGGCAAUGGGGCAUCCCCCACCAGAGGGACCUGCAAAUGGCAAACAUACAAACGCUGGCUCAUCAUUCAGUCAGAACUCAAGCAGUGACCAUUUAUCACCAAGGAUGCAGUUGACAAAAGCUGAGUUGGUUACAGAUCAGGAUAGGAUCGCUGCACAGUCAUACCGUUUGAAAGAUGAAGAAGAUUUCCCUCCUUUAUCGGCCUGACAGCAGCGUGAGUGAUGCUCUAUUUAUAAGGUUGGUAGAAUGAAAGAGUAAUUACAGUAAUUGCUAACAUACCGGAUUGAGCCUGUUCUCUGCUUAUAUGGCUCUGCCGCAAACUUUUUUUGGAAGCGUUACAUAUGGAGUUAGAUAUUCUGUUCGUUGGAAGCCAUUUGUACAUUUCAAGUUAUAAGUUUUACACCCUAUAAAAUCUUGAUAGCUGUGCGCUGCACCGAGUAGUUCAUGUAUAGGUUGGUUUGGUUAAUCCUUUUUCCCCAGGUUUUGUUCUCGCCGUUGCCCCCACAGGUGAUUGUACGAAACGCUUGUUCGAAAUAUUGUUGCUGAUGCUUGAUGUAACUUACAUUCAGAAUCCUUUUAAGUAAGACAGAUUGUCGAUUCA